AUGGGUGUUCAGCGAUUCGGUAGAUGGGGAAAGCUUGCCCUGAGAUAUGUCGGUCCAUUCAGGCUUAUUGAGCAUGUUGGAGCUAUUUCGUAUAGAUUAGAUCUUUAUGCGUCAAUGUUGAGUGUACACGAUGUCUUUCAUGUUUCGAUGCUCAAGAAGCAUUUACGCGACGAGGAGCAACAAAGGGUGAUUGAUGCACUAGAGAUUGAGAUCCAAGAUGAUUUGACUACCGUAGAGAUUCUGAUUUGUAUUCUUGCUAAAGAGGCUAAAAAGUUUAGAAACAAAGUUAUUUCAUUAGUGAAAGUUUAG